GUGUGUGUGUAUGAUACAUCCAAUUCCACUGCAUGACCUUUACACACCCACCAAAAAAGAUUAGUUCAUUCGCCUGUGAUUAUGGGGAGAGCUGGAAGUGGUGAUAAGAAGGUGAUGAAGGUUGUGAUAAUCAACACGGAGUAUGUAGAAACAGACGCUACGAGUUUUAAGUCUGUUGUACAGAGACUGACAGGGAAGGAGGCGGAGGUGGCCACGGUGCCGCCGAUAGGUUCAAGAAGAAAGUUGCAGGGUGCCUUUGGAGGUCAUCAAGGUACGAUGAAGAGAGAAGAAGAAGAAAGUGGUUCAGGAGGUUUGGAGUUCAUGAGGAAUUGCUCGUUUAAGGACUUGGAUAGGUUGCUUAAAGAAAUCCCCACCGUUGAUGAAUUACUCUGGGGCUCCUGGACUGAUAAUUACUAGUUCAACUGCCUCUCUACAUAUACAUACAUACACACAUCCAUAUAUCUGUGUGUGUAUGUGUGUGUGUAUUUAUGCAUGUAUACAUGUUUUGGUUUUUUUAUUUUACUCAUCUCCUUAUUCUUUCAUUCUUUAUAUAUGGUUUUCCUCCUAUUCCUCCUCCUCCUUGUAUAUUGAUCACCGACAGAUAUGUACACAUUUUGAUAUUCAUAUAUAUAUAUAUAUUAU